UUUGCGCGUAAAAUACUUGCGCUGAGUUCCUUAGUGCACUAUUCUGAAGACAGCGGAGUCUCUAAGUGGGCAUUAGACAGACUACAGUUAUGUAGUGUGUGCGUAAGUGCGGCUGGCACACUUUCACAUUUGUUUUGGCACAAGGAUCUGCAGUCCUUUGCGUAAUGCAUUAGCGAGUAAUUCAGUGGUUUUCUAGUAACUUUGGGUCCACAAUAGCAAAAAUGGAUCCUUUAUUCAAUAUCACUGAUGUGUCAAACUGGACCAACAGCCCAAACGACACCAAUAACGGAACUGUUUACUGGAACCAGUUUGUGCAACCAGUGUGGAGAAUUGUCCUGUGGGCCAUUGCGUACAGCUGUAUAGUGAUCGUGUCUGUGGUAGGUAAUGUUACAGUAAUCUGGAUUAUUAUGGCGCAUAAACGCAUGAGGACUGUCACCAACUAUUUUCUGCUGAACCUGGCGUUUGCCGAAGCCUCCAUGUCCGCCUUCAACACAGUCAUCAACUUCACCUACGCCGUGCACAAUGAAUGGUACUUCGGAUUGGUCUACUGUCGCUUCCAUAACUUCUUUCCGAUUGCUGCUGUCUUUGCCAGUAUCUACUCGAUGACUGCCAUCGCUCUGGACAGGUACAUGGCCAUCAUCCACCCCCUGCAGCAGCGCAUGUCGUCCACAGAGACCAAGGUGGUGGUGGGUGUGAUCUGGGUGCUGGCUCUGCUGCUGGCUUUCCCCCAGUACUACUACUCCAACACGGACGAGCUCCCCGGCCGGGUGGUGUGUUACAUCGACUGGCCCGAAUACGAGGUGUGCGACUUCAAAAAGAUGUACUAUGUAUGUGUGGCCAUCCUCAUCUACUUCCUUCCUCUGCUGGUGAUGGGCUGUGCUUAUCUGGUGGUGGGUCUGACACUGUGGGCCAGUGAGAUCCCUGGAGACUCCUCUGACCGCUACAAGGAGCAGCUGACCGCUAAACGUAAAGUGGUGAAGAUGAUGAUCGUGGUGGUGUGUACGUUUGCCUUCUGCUGGCUGCCCUACCACGUCUACUUCCUGCUGCACCAGUUCUUUCCUGACAUGUUUGAGGAGAGGUUCAUCCAGCAGUUCUACCUGGCCAUCAUGUGGCUGGCCAUGAGCUCCACCAUGUACAACCCCAUUAUCUACUGCUGCCUCAAUGACAGGUUCCGUGCUGGUUUUAAACAGGCCUUCCGCUGCUGCCCAUGUGUCCCUCGUGGUUCUUACGAAGGCCUGGAACUCAAGUCCACCCGCUAUCUUCAGUCUCAAACCAGUGUGUACAAGGCCAGCAGGACGGAGACGACCGUUUCCACUGUUCUGCAGAUCGGGGAUGAAGUAGAGCCGCCCAAGCAUAAGGCUGUAGCUGGUCCAGGGACAGGUGUUGUUGGGGCCAGACCACAUAGCUCUUCCUUGGAUCUCACCUCGAACGGGUCGUCCUCCCGGAGCGUGUCGAAAACAGUGUCGGAGACGUCCAGUUUCUACUCUAGUAACAACCUUCAAGAAUAG